GCCUAAGCGAGUGGAGGAAAUGUCAGUGUGAAGUCGGAGUGCUUCUAGCUUUGAUACGCACCCGUGCCCCGGAUGUAAACUGAUCCUUCUCCCGUGAAACACUGGGAAGCUCCCGGGCCUUGCUGCACGCCAGCAUGUUUAAGAAAUUUGAUGAGAAAGAAAAUGUAUCCAACUGUAUCCAAUUAAAAACAUCUGUGAUUAAAGGCAUCAAAAACCAACUGAUUGAUCAGUUUCCUGGGAUAGAACAAUGGCUCAACCAAAUAAUGCCCAAAAAGGACCCAGUAAAGAUUGUUAGGUGCCAUGAGCACAUAGAGAUUUUAACUGUGAAUGGAGAGCUGCUGUUCUUCAGGCAGAGAGAGGGUCCGUUUUAUCCAACACUGAGACUGCUUCAUAAAUAUCCUUUUAUUCUUCCUCAUCAGCAAGUGGAUAAAGGAGCCAUUAAAUUUGUUCUCAGUGGCGCCAAUAUCAUGUGUCCGGGCCUGACGUCUCCUGGAGCCAAGCUUUACCCAGCUGCAGCUGAUACUGUGGUUGCAAUAAUGGCAGAAGGAAAGCAGCAUGCUCUCUGUGUUGGAGUUAUGAAGAUGUCUGCAGAUGAUAUCGAAAAAAUAAACAAAGGCAUCGGCAUCGAAAACAUUCAUUAUUUAAAUGAUGGCUUAUGGCACAUGAAGACUUAUAAAUGACCUUUUGGAUUCAAUGUGGACUGCUUGAUAAUGUUUGUUUUUAUUUGUGUAUUUGAGUUGAAAUCUCAUUCUGUGCUGUAGCUCUGCUUAAUAAAGCAAGUUCAACUAA